ACGUGCAUGAGAAUGCGGAUCACGAAUCCACAAAUAGAAUAGAGGUUACAAGAGGAAAUGUGGGACGGAACUGAAAGAAAAGGGUCAUCUUCCUUUUUUUUCCUCGUCGGAGCGAACAAUAAUAGACUCGGUCACGGGCAAGUCUCUCCAAGUCUCUCGUGAUCUUUCGUAGGUCGCCACACGGCCACGAGACAUACGUUGGUCCAGGAGGAAAAGCGAAAUGUGACGAAAUGUAAGAAUUCUGGGAAAUUUAAGAAAACGAAAACAGAGAGGCGUGGCGGCGCGCCUCGUUAUGGACGCCACCGCGUUAUGCAGCAUAACGCGGUGGGGAUAAAAUCCCGAAAUAUCGUUCCAAGAGCGAAAAACUUGAGAUGAGACACUGCACCGAUCGUCACCAGCGAGCUUUGCGUCCGAGCGCGCGGAAACGAGUUCUCUGUCUUCAUCUCCAUUGAGAAAUACGGCAAGAUAUGACGGAAAGCGACGUUAAGUACAUAGUGAUACCUCUUCACCAUCGGCCUGAUUUGAUUAAAGACUGUUGUAAGUUGCUUAAUUCUGAAUGGCCUCGAAGUGAAACUGCACGAAUGAAAUCUCUAAGUGUAUCUUGUGACGAUUUUCCCACGUGUCUAGUUCUAAUUAAUGGCGAGAAUAAGGUUCUCGGGCACUGCAAAAUAUCUCUAGUGGCUAGAUCGAAAAUUAGCUGUUUCAUAGAGUCUGUUGUAAUCGAUUAUCGAUGUAGAUCUAAAGGAUUAGGAUCUAGACUGUUGCGUGGCGUGGAGGAAUAUGUCACAAAAAGAGGCCUGAAGAACAUCUACCUAAAGACGGAUGGUCAGGAAGUAUUUUACUAUAAGAAUGGAUACAAGGUGUGUGAUCCAUUUAAAGCGUACGGCAUUAAUGACAUCAUAACUGCCAGUCCACCCCUCGGUAGGACCAAAUUCAAGGAGCGAAAUGGUCAGUCCGCCGGACAAUUGCCACUGCCACUGCCACCUCCGCCACCUCCGAUGCCGGCGUUUCAAUUGUCAAAGUUUUUCGACAUGCGAAUGCUGUCUCAAAAAACACACAUGGUUAAGAAAUUAUGAUACUGGCAUUAUAUUAAUUUCAGAGUAUGCUCCACUCGCACUUAAAACGAGAGUUUUCACAAUUAAAAUUAGAUACUUACAGAAAAAAGAAUUCAAUUUGAUUUAAA